GAGACCCGGAGGAGAGGCCCCCCAGCCGCGCUGAACGCGGAGCUCCAGGCAGAGCCACUGCUACCUUUUGCCUGCAGUAGCUCACGGGGUGAUGCUGCUGCUGGACUGCGGGGCCGAGGUUGACAGCCUGAAGCGUUUGCUGGAGCCGGGCAGCGCCGUGAACGCCCCUCGAGACGCCUGCGGUCAGUCUCCAGCACACCUGGCUGCCCAGGCCGGACAUCCCUUCUUUCUGCUCUGGCAGCUGCAGGCGGGAGCCGACCUCAAUCAACAGGAUGCUUUUGGAGAAGCCCCAAUACAUAAAGCGGCUAAAGUCGGGAGCUUGGAAUGCCUCAGUCUGCUUGUAGCUGGUGAUGCCCUACUUGACUUACGUAACAUGAAUGGGCAGACUGCAGAAGACCUGGCAUGGUCUUGUGGAUUUCUGGAAUGUGCCAAAUUUCUCACAACAGUUAAACAUAUACAGAGUAUGAAGUUAAGUGAACAAUCCAAAUGUUCAUUCAACACUGACAACUGUGGUUUGCUGCUUAAAAAUAAACGAGCUCACAGAAAUGUGGACAACUCAAAUGGGAAGAAGCAACGAUCAGAUGGUCAUUUGUGUUAAAAUGGGAAGCUGACUGAAAAGAAGUUUGGAGCAGAUCCUCAGAUUGACGAUCUCUUUCUGGGCCACAAGCUACUGGACUGAUCCAUAAAAUGUUCUCAUCUUCUUCUAAGAAGGAGUGAGAGAGAUUAAAAUUUCUUCUGAGUGAAGAUCAUUUUAAGAAUAUAUGUAUUCAUAUAGUUUUGGUAUGCUGCAUCUGGUUGUAUGUGUUUCAACUUUAUAUCUUUAAGCUAAAUACAAAUAUUUCGUUGGGGUGUUUUUUUUAAACCUCUUCUAAAGACUCCAACGAUAAUGAAGAAAAAUCAGUUUUAAUCAUUCUUCAAUUAUUGUAGCAUUGACACACUAUUGUUAACCAGAGUACCUUGCACAUAGUAUAUGCCUGAUGUUCCAACUAAACGGCUGCAUUUGAAAUUGCUACUAUAUACAUUUGCCUUCCUUAUG